GAGAUCGGGAACAACGGCUCGACGGUCGUCGUUGUACAAGCGUGAUCGAGGCGACUGCAGAGCGUUCUUCUUCAGCUAAAGAUAUUGUUGAAUCUGCCAAGUGAUCAGUCUUGUCGGCUCUGCUAAAACGUGAAUCAGCGUGUUGCAUCAAAAGCUUAGCGGGUGUCCCGAUUGUUCUCGUAGAGUCGCUCGGGUCAUUGCAUAUCAGUCAUUCAUCCCAGUCAGCGGAUCGCAACUCUCAGCUCGGGCUGAGUGUCCAUUGGUUUUAUCUCCAGAUGCCAAGUUUUCAGAAGCACCAUAGUUCUGCCAAUGUCCUCAGGUUUUAUCAGCAGCCUGUGCAAAUGAUCGAACCGUGUUAUUUGUCCAACUACGAGCUCACAGACGGUGGCAUGAACAAGGGUUCGGUUAGCCAAGGAUCCGACGCAUCGAUCCAGACCUAUGAUGAACAAAUUUUCACCCUCGAUUCUUCCACAUCAGCUUCCUGCUUUGUUUCCUGUGAUUCUGCUUCCAACAUCAGCACCUCGCCUGACGGGACUCCCUUUGUGAAGUCCUUUCUCUCAGAUCGACAUUUUUCUGUUGAAAAUUGGUCCGGGUCGCCAUUAAGUGUUUCUUCCAUUGCCGACUAUGGCAAUGAUUUCCAAGACAAAUUGAGGGAGUUGGAGAUGUCAUUGUUGGGACCGGAAUCAGAUAUCAGUGAUUGCCAGGGUUGUUGCUUUAAGAACGAGUCCCACAAUAUUUUCCCCAAAUCAAUGUGGCCUUCAAACCGAGUUAGAGAUAUGGUGCCUAAACCUGACCUGAAACAAGUGGUAAUCGCCUGUGCAAGAGCAAUCUCUGAUACUGAUACUUCUAAUGCAUCAGGUCUAAUGGAUGUGCUGGAGCAAAUGGUGUCAGUUAUGGGUGAUCCAAUUCAGCGACUUGGUGCUUACCUCUUGGAGGGGCUUAGGGCGAGAUUGGAAUUUUCUGGGAGCAUUAUUUACCGAAAGCUCAAGUGCAAAGAACCUACGAGCGCAGAAUUGAUGACUUCCAUGCAAGUUAUCUAUGAGAUCUGCCCCUACUGGAAGUUUGCAUAUGUGUCCGCAAAUGCCGUCAUCACCAAAGUCAUGGAAAAUGAACGGGGAAUUCACAUUGUCGAUUUCCAGAUCGCGCAGGGCAGCCAGUGGAUCCCUUUCAUCCAGGCCCUCGCACAGAGGCCUGGUGGGCCCCCCCACCUCCGAAUCACUGGCAUCGAUGAUUCUGAUUCAACUCUUGCUCGUGGCGCAGGGCUGGAGGUCGUAGGCCAGAGGCUUUUGAGUGUCGCACAGUCAUGUAACGUGCCAUUCGAGUUCCACGAUGCAGCCGUUUCUUCAUCUGAAGUUGAGCUACAGAACCUUAUGAUUCAGCCCGGGGAAGCCCUCGCAGUGAACUUCCCUUACAUACUACAUCACAUACCCGAUGAGAGCGUGAGCACUCAGAAUCACCGAGACCGGGUCUUGAGAAUGAUCAAGAGUUUGUCGCCGAAAGUGGUCACCCUCGUGGAGCAAGAAUCCAACACCAACACAUCCUCAUUCUUUCCAAGGUUUGUCGAGACGUUCGACUAUUACAAGGCCAUGUUUGAGUCCAUCGACGUGGCUCGGUUGAGGGAUGACAAGCAGCGGAUCACUGCGGAGCAGAACUGUGUGGCCCGGGAACUUGUGAACGUGAUAGCCUGUGAGGGGCGUGAGAGGAUGGAAAGGCACGAGCUUUUCGGCAAAUGGCGGUCGAGAUUCCAAAUGGCCGGCUUCAAUCAGUUACCGCUGAAUGCAUCGGUCACUCGUGCUGUGCUCGAUAUGCUGAAGCAGUAUCAUGGGAAUUAUAGGAUCGAGGCUAGGGAGGGGGCUCUAUAUCUCGGCUGGAUCAAUAGAGCUAUGUCGACUUCAUCAGCUUGGAGGUGAAUCUUGACAUCUUGUGCUAGUUGGUGGCUUUGUAAAUUUUGCUGUGACUCUGUAGUUUUGCUCCCACCUACAUAAGGGGGAAUGUUGUCUGUAUACACACUUCCGGUUGAGUGCUCACAAUUCAUAGGGCGCUAGUACACAUUGUCAGUGUUCUUUUCUUGUUUCUCACAUGUAUUUGUUCCUCACUCUCUGGGAAUGCGAACUUCGUAGAUUUUCACAUGAUAAAAGGUAGCAGAGUAGCAUGGUUUUUCUGCAACUAUGUACA